AUGACCCCGAUGAUGCGGCUGCUCCUGUCGACGUUGCUGCUGGUACUGUCCUCCUGCUCGAUUCUUCUUUGCUCAGCGAGCGGCGAUGGUGGACCGAACAGCCCUAUCUUUAACCUGGACAACACCGCGCUGGAGAAAAAUCUCGCGGCGAUAUUUAACAAAGUGGCACACAGCUCGGCGACCACGAAACGCAGCGUGCCCGCCUACGAUGCGCAAGUUUCGGCCAGUACGACGUUGUCGACGGUACCGUCACCCCUGACGACCACUACCACCACCACCACCACCACCACGAGUCCGUCAAUACCAUCCGUCAGGUAUCCUCCUGUUCCUCGGGCGACCAUGUCGCCGGCCUUUCGCGAAUUGCCUUCGUACGCCCCACCUUCUCGCGCUCUCUUCACGCCUCCUCUGCCGCCCGAGUACCUUCAUCCGUUUGCAAAUAAGCCAACGUUGAGGGGAACCAACUCGGAUGUUCAUUCGGGUCUGAAGAGACCGGUACCACCGCCGAGCGGCACGCCGGCUCACGAGCGGAUACCUAUCAGGCCUCCCGAUCUUCAGGGUCCCUCUCAGAUGCCGGAGAGACACUCUCAUUCGAGGAACAAACCGUUAAAUACACCGAGCAAGGAGCAGAAUGUGGUGGAGUCCAGCGAAUUGGACAGGAGGAACAGUACCAACGAGUUUGUGGCCACUCUGCAUUAUCCGAGCAUCUCGAGGAUAUUAUCGGGCAGCAAUGGCCGUAAGCAGGAUAUACCGGAGAUACUAUUGAAGCCUCUGGCAACGAAAAAUCCAGCACAGAACACGCCGGUGAUGCCAUCCACUGAAAAGAUGACAACGCCGAGUACAACGACGGCCAGAACGUCUAGCACGCUAGACUCAGCCAAGUCUGUUACGCAACCGACGAUUUUCAAUCUGCCGAACACCAGGAGGCACGAUGACGACAGUUAUCACGGGCUGAGGAACGAGAAUGGCUUCAAGACGGAGAACAUCGAGAUCGUGGAUACGGAGAGGCUGCCGUAUCCUCAGCCACAACCUCCUGCUCCACCUCCCAAGAGGCCCAACGAGGCUGGUGACCGUAUCGUACCACAAGUAGACACACAUCUUCUCGAAUCCACCUGGCGAAUCGCUUGGUUCCUCCACGUAUACGUCGCCGCGAUCAUGUUCACGCUAAUGGCUCUAUACUCGAUCUACAAGAUCGUUCGUUUCAACGAAGCAACGAAUCUACUCACCCAGUCAUACUUUCUCACAGUUCAUCUGCUUCUCACGAUCGUAUGUACCUUAAGGUGCUUUCACCUGUUCUACGACGCUUACAAUCGAGGCCAUUCACUGCCCGAACCUUUGUCCCGAGUGCUCAUGUACCUACCAGCACCGUUGUUAUCCAGCGCGUUUGCCACAUUGGUGCUCUACCUGGCUCGUUGCUCGGAAGCGCCGUCUUUGAACAACAGGUUUCUGUCACCAGCCGCGCUGAUGUUGUCGUCAACGGUUCAUAUAGUCCUUUGCGUCUCCCUGCACGUGUUCACGCACGUGCUUGGCUAUCAGGACGAGGCGAAGAUACUACCGUUGAUCUGCCAGUGCAUUUACAUCAUCGUCUGCGUGAUGCUUGGCCUAGGCUACAUGUACGUCUACCGAGUGGUGCGCUCGCAGAUCCUCCUAACAAAUAACAAGACGGCAGGGACGAGUCACAUAGUCGGUACUGAUCCUACCACCAUGGCCUUGAGCACCGCCAUCACCACCAGCAUCGCUACCGCUUUAUUCUUCAUACUGAUGGGAUUCGUCCAACUGUACGGGAUAUUCGGGAAUGUCCAGGAACGACCACAAUCGUAUCCGUGGCUAUGGUGGGGCUGGCAGUCCUCCGUCAGGCUACUCGAACUGGCGGUGUGCGGUCUACUCGCCUGGGUAGCCAGUCUAUCCCAGUACCCGUUGCGAGAGAAACAGCUGCAACAACACCCGGUUCAUUCUGGCUUCGCUCUGUUUCCAUGCGGUAGCUCGACCUCCACCGAGAAUAUGGACGACGUGCUUUACCCAGCUAUCUGCAGCACCAACCAGGCGAUCCAGAACUACACGAUGAGGACUGGGAAACAGGUUUACGACGAUAGCUUCCCGCUGAACACACUGCCCGAGCAUUUGAACAUAUCAGGUACUUUCGAGAGGCAUUCCAUCCGCAAGUCAGGCACCAUGGGCCAUUUCCCACAUGAAGGUCGCGGUUCGUUAAACCGGCAUGGUAAUGGGAUACAAACUCUAAGGAACUCCGAAAGUCGCGGCAGGCACACGCCUGUACAGCAAGGAAGCGGCGGCGCUGUCCAUGAACAAACACCGACCACAGGCUCGACGAUGCUCGUCGCCGAGGACGGAUUCGUCAGGUUCCGUAGCUUAGGGGCGGAGGACGACGAACUGUCGGACACGCCGAGUGUUGUUGGCACCCACGGUAGAGGAAGUUCGCUGGCCGGAAGUGUGAGAUUCAACGCGAGACACCCAACGCUGCAGCAUCAGCAUCCUCAUCAGCACCAGCAUCAACACUCGCUGCAACAUCCGCAUCAGAGUCAGCACCAGACUCACCACCAGUUGUACAUCAACACGUAAAAGUCGUAUCGUUGCAGGCGUUGAACAGAUUGUAACUUCUUGUUCCCGUUGACUCGAUUACAGUCAGAGAAGAUUGUCGACGAAGAUAUAAGGAUAUGUUCCGCGGCUCUCUCUCUCCCUCUCUCUCUGGCAACUAAUGGUCUAAACAACUUUGAAGAAACUAAUUUUACCUUUAACUUUAUGUAAGAUACGUCCUUGUGUAUAGACAAAACCUUCAAGCGAAAAAGAAAAAAAAAAAAAA